UUGACUUCCUUGGAAGCCGUGGAUUGUACAGAAAAAACGCCGAUUCCCACAGAAAAUGUCAUUUUACGUCGACAAAGAAGCACGGCAGGGCGCUUUUUCAUUGGAAUUAAUAGAGGUUUGUGUGUCAUGUAAGCUUGGAGAUUGUUCAGUUUUGAUGUAAUUGCUCUGAAACAGAGUUUUUCAGCGGUUUUCUUGGGGACCUCUGCGAGUCCGGACAAACUGGCCUGGGGAAAAUAGGGCACUCAACAUGCUGUACGCUGUUGUACCGUGUAAAUGUUCACCGUGUAUUGCCAUUGCAUAUUUUUUUAGUUUUAGUGCAUGAAGUUCCCUCAUCUUGUGGAAACUUGCGUGCAGAAAGUCAGUUCAAUUCGUAAAGUUGGAGCUAGGUUUUUCUACUCGGAUUCCACAGUUUGACAAUGGCUGACAAUUCAGGGUCCUAACUCCACCACUGGAUUUGUUUAGGGUCUCAAAUGCGGAAGGAAUUUUAACUCAGGACGUCUGCUGUUUGCUGCCGCUGCAGGCAGUGGGAAAUGUUUCUUUUUCACCAUUUUCUAUCAUGUUGGGCACUGCAUGGACACGGAUAAAUAUUAAUAAAUUUCUGAGUUUUCAAGGAGUCUUCAUCCUUCGAGCAUCAACAAGGAAAAGAACUUCACCUUUAAAUGAUGUGAAAUUUUUUUGAGCGGAACAACAAACUUGGCGCUGUUUUCACAACAGUGAAAUUUAUUUUUUGUAACAAACUUCUUUAAAACUCAAGUUUCUUCGAGAGAGCCAUGGCAUCGAAGUUAAGAGAACUUGUCAGUAAGAACAAGACAAGAUACACCGAUGGAAACUUUGACCUUGAUUUGACCUACAUCUGUGACAAUGUUAUAGCCAUGGGAUUUCCAGCUCAGAGUCUUGAAGGUGUCUACAGAAACAACAUGGAAUCAGUCGUAAAAUUUCUGGAUCAGAAGCACCCGAACCACUACAAGGUCUACAAUUUAUGUUCGGAAAGGAACUACGACGCCUCCAAAUUUUACCACAGGGUAGCCCAUUAUCCGUUCGAUGAUCACAACCCACCAAAGAUUGAGCUGAUCAAACCUUUUUGCGAUGACGUUGAACGAUGGCUGAAGGAGGACAAGGGCAACGUUGCCGUUAUACAUUGUAAAGCUGGAAAGGGGAGGACUGGUGUGAUGAUCUGUGCAUUACUACUUCAUCAAGGGAAGUGCGCUUCAGCGGAGGAGGCCAUGGAGCAAUACGGAGAUAAAAGAACGAGGGACGGCAAGGGCGUCACCAUUCCAAGCCAGCGGCGGUAUGUACAGUACUACGGCGAGAUUAUCAGGCGAAGCUUGACCUACACGACAGUCACGCUUUUACUUCAGAGAGUGCAGUUGGAGACGGUGCCAAUGAUGAGCAAUGGUUCAUGUACGCCCUUCUUUGUCAUCUACAAGCAGAAAGUCAAAGUCUACUCCUCUGAUGUUGUAAAGGGGAUCAAGAGAGGUGAGAGAAUAAUUGAGUUUGACAUUCCCAACACGGUACCCAUCUGCGGCGACGUCAAGGUUGAAUUCUUCCACAAGACACCGAUGCUUGACAAGAAAUCCAUGUUCCACUUUUGGUUCAACACCUUCUUCAUCAUUCAUCCGGUGACAGAGACGGGUCGACCGGGCUCGGCGUCCUGCAACACCGAGACAGUUCCGUUGGCCAAUGGGAGUGAAGAGCUUGUCAUGGGACUGAACAAAGACGCUCUAGACAAGGCCAACAAGGAUAAGACGAACAAAGUCUUCUCUCCAAAUCUUAAGAUACGGCUGUAUUUCGCAAGAGGCAACGAUGCCGACCACGAGAAACCGUCAACCCACCUUGAAGAAAACUUAAGUCCCUGUAACAGCUCGAACGAUCUCCUUGAAUUGGAAUCAUCCGAGUCUGAGGAGGAGGAUUGGGGAGGUGAGACGACGACGUUCGUAUGAUGACGGCCCCCAUGCCUCUGUGUGGGGCUGAACAACCCCCACACACGCUCGACCCAUGUCUUGCUUUCUUUCGGCGCGUUUUAGUUGGUAAACCCGUAGUGGGCACCAGGCAAUAUCAGCUGCAAAACUGGGAACAAUCAACCCGUCAUGAAAACGCUCACUGGAGUGAGAUCCUACCCAAUGGAAAGAGUUGUCUAGCGCCCUCAAGAGUGACCAACCAACCGCGUUGAUGCGCAUCGGUAUAACCGUGUUUAUAGGUCUUACAAAACAGCUGAUGUACGGACAGGCACAGAGGAAUUUAUAUAUAUUAUAUGUAAAUGUUUAUAUAUCUAUAUCAGUACUUUUAUGAAGUCGAAGCAUCAGGUAGUUUCUUGCCCGAUCACGAAUCCCCUCGUGGCCCUGAGAUCUUUUUUGUUAAGCGUAACCCCAACUGUCCUUAGAAUGAUCUUGAGUUGAUCUCACCCCUAAGUCUCCUGAGGGAUAAGUGAGGAACUCGAGCUGUUGGAUUCUGAUUAGGGCGAUGGUGUUCUUACUCCAACAAAAUCCGACAAAAUCCGACAAAACUAGCUGCUGGGUUUUGAUGGGUUGGGGAAACCUGCAAGGUGGUGGGCUAAACAAAAUCUGGUCUCUUGAAAAUGCCAAGAACCACGUAGACAAUAUCUGCUGCCCUCUAUUGUCUCCUGUUGCCAGGCACAGCGUGAUGUCACAGUCUAGAUCUCCAUGGUGAUAAGGCUAGUUUGGCCUCGGGAUCAUUUGGAUAUUUUUGCAUAAAUUUUACUGGUCUUCAAAUAUCCCAAAUAGCAAACUCUAAUUUUGGAAAACUUCAAUCAAAUUUAAUCGUCAGCUUUUUACUGAAAAGCUGAUAGUAAUUUUGUUUUCCCAUUCAGUUUGGUACCAUGUAAUUUUCAACACCAGGUUUGCUUAAAAACUUUAUUCCAAGUCCCUUUAAAACUAACACAACAAAACAAAACUAACAUCUUUUGCUUGAAAGAUACAGGUUACCAGCCAAAAGACCAUGUAAUAUAUGACACAGACUGGUCCCCUGCUAAUUUUCGCUUAGCAUAGAAAGUUGUUAAGCGAUAUUUUCUUCACAGUGACCCUUUUUUUGUUCAUUUCGCACUGCAUACGAGUAGAAUGUUAGAGGGAGUAGGGAUUUGAACUGUUCUCAACUUUCACUUUUACAGUUUUCUCCUGGGUAUGACAUCACAACUUGAUUUUUUGGUCGCAUGAAGUAUGGACUGGGUUUUAGGAAUGCAACAGUAAACGUGAUUGGUUAACAGGGAUGUUUCAUGUACUUUUUUACCCAAUCAGGUGUCGCAUAACAAAUAUUGUCUUUGCACCAUCCAAUGCAACACCACAGUUUAUGCAUGUAAGCAAGUUGGAAGCUGUUAUUUGGUUUUAAAGCGAUGUUUAUUAUAGUUUAAAAAAAGAAGAAAGGAAUUGUACAUUUCAUAUAUCUUUAAAGAAAAAUCCCUAGUUUUAUAUAUGAAAAAAGAAAACAAUGUCUAUUGCCGCAUGUGUAUACUUAUGUACAGAGGAUGUUUUAAAAACGAGAAAAUAGCGCAGCAAAUUUCGUCAGGGACUUUAUUCGCAGAAAAGAGCUCUGGUUUGGUGGACAUUUAAAAAUGUUUUCUCGAUUGAUGCAUUUAUUCUUGCUUCAUCAUACGGCACAAUUCUCAGUGGAAUGUAUCUGUAGUUUGUUUGAGGGAGCAAGGAGGCCAGAGUUUGGAGCAAAGUCUUAUAACUUAGAGCCUGCAACCGCACAACCCCCAAAACAAUUUGCGUUAGUAUUUUUCCAAAACUUUUUCACAGAACUAUUAUUUGUUAUUAAAAACAAAUAAUAUUCUUUAUCCCCGCUGCAAAAAUAUCAUCGAAUAAUCACCUUUAAGAAUUCAGCAAGUUAAAAAGUAUUGAAAGGAAUAUGAUAUAGGGCGAUCUCGUAGAAACAUUUAUGAAUUGUCUGGCCAAAUAAUUAUGAUGGAUAGGACAAGAAUUGGGGGAAUCAACAAAUGUGAAUUGGCAGAAAGAAAUCAAAUACGAUUUGUUUUUUUAAGUAUCGGCAUUGUUCAGAGGCAGAUUUCUCAGGACUUUUUGUACCAGUACCAGUAAGCUUUCAGAUUUUUAUUUUCUGUCUUAUUGUAGGGAUUUUUUAGUUUCCUACCUGAAUAUAUUCGUUCAUAAGAAUGUAAUGAAUCCAACAAAAGGCCCUUUGAAAACUUCAUGACCAUACUUUGGUGUGUAGCCGAUAGUAAGGCAAAGUAAAUUGACUACUCUUUUUCCAUUCACUUAAAGACUGCUUUUACAUCUUUGGAGGGAGCGAUGGUGAAAUUUUUAUCAAUGAAUGUAACGCCUGUCCAAAGUAUUUCCUGCAUUGUGCGAAAGAUUACCAACUUGACCUCAAAAAGGUCGAGAUCCUCAUCAGAUGAACCCUCAUCUCCAAACAGCCGGACUGUACCAUUGUACAUGAGGGGGGUGUUUGUAAGUUGCCUUGUUCCAUCGACUUAAAAACAAAAGCGUGGUUGAUUCAUGUUUGUACUUUCCCUGAGAAGACGCUCCGCCUGGAACCGAUUUCUGUGCUGUGUGAUAGCAAGCUUAUUUGUCUUGAUAGAAAUGAACUCCUUGAAGGGUUUGGGGUUGCAGAAAAUAGAAAUACUCGUAAAUUUAGUGCGAAAAUUGCCAAAGGAUUUUAAAGUAUCACUGUUGAUGUUUUUUUAAAGGUGUUUUUUUACAUUGAGAGGGAAGAAAACAUUUGUUGCUUGGUACAGUCGAUAUUUGUGAUUUUUUAAAUUAUUAUAGGUAAGGUACACGGCACAAGAGGGUGAACUAAUUUUAUUGAAGACAUGUGGUAGGUUUUUCUUUUCUGAUGCGAGUGAAUAUGGGGGGGGGGUAACAUUGCCUUGUGAUGGUUUGAAUGUGGGUCGUUGUUUACACCUGGGGAGACACCAUCUGACAUUCUUGGGUUUCAUCUGCCCCUUGCCGCCUGCCCCUCCCUUCAUCCCCUUUACACCCUCGGACAGCAACAUUAAGAGUUAUUAAGUUAAGUUUUCCAUUAAUGUACCAGGUUAUUAGUGGAAUCACAGUAACUCUCACAAGUCAGAUGUGAACAUAUGCUGCUGGCAUUUGUGUUCCGGCAUACGCAGAGCUGUGGCGACUUUCACACAAUGGAAUUAAGGUUCACAAAUUGUUUUUCUUUGUUUAACUGGGUCCCCACUGGCACCCUGAAUCAGAGAUAUUGACAAAAUAGGGAGACUGUCAACAUUCGGGCUAGAUAGCUUAGUUGAUGGAGCACUGGCAUGUCACUUCCAGUAUUUGGGCUAGAUAGCUUAAUUGAUAGAGCACUGGCAUAUUAAUUGGGAGGUUGCAUGUUCGAGCCCCACUCUAGUCAAGUUCAGGAAGAGGAAGCCAUUCAACCUGGCACUCACAAACAUAGAAUUUGACAAAAAGGGAGACUGCCAACAUUAGGGCUGAGAAGCUCAGGUAAAGCGCUGGCAUGUUAAUCCCGAGGUUUAAGCUCCACUCUUGUCACUUUGUCUUUGUUUAACCCCAAAUAAGUCAAAUAUUUUAGAGUGAAAUAUAAACCAAACGUUGCAGGUUCAGGCAGCUGUUGUAAAUUUUUCUUUGUUCAACUUCAAAUUAAAUAUUUGAGGGUGAAAUUCCAAUAUGUCGGAUGUGUGUUUCUCGGUGUGAGGCAAGGCUUAGUCCAGUGGUAUUUAAAACCGCAGUUUAGUCAGUUAGCAACCUGUAAUAUAUAGAAACCGUGUAUAAUGAUGUACAUAUAUAUUGUGUAUACAUAUUAUAUAGAGAUACAUUUUUGAAUGAGGUACAUACGAGAAACGUCUCCACCUACCCGUAAUAAAAAGAAAAACCAAACAGCUUUUUCGGUAUUUUUCUGAAAUGUAUGUAUUUUUUAUUGCAAUGUUGUGAGACAAGUGUUUUUUUUCCGUUCUUUUAAAAAGAUGGCUUGGUGGUCUUGUGUAGUUCUAGUCUUGAUUGUCGUUGUUUGUUAAAGUGGCCGGUAUUGUGAAAUAAAUUACUGGAGAAGAGAUAACUGUAUCAAAACAAACAUCUAGAUCCAGAUUCAUAGACUUGCUCAGUCUCUCAAGGGGUGCGCUUUCAAUGCUGUAACCAAUAGCUGUUUGGGUCAUUGGCCAGUUAUCAACCAAUGGCAGGUUGAACUGAAAAAAUUACUGGUCAAGACUGCGGGAAAACACGCACCCCUGGCAGUGGAUAGUGCGCCCUCUAUUGGUAGCUAAUACAAAAACGUUGUCAAUCAAGACUUGUUUUGUUCCGUAAGUCAAGAAUUUGUUGUUACUGCAGGGUGGUGUCUUUUGUUUAAAAGAAAAUCACAACGUUGUGGUAGAAACAGUCAUGGCAACUCGACUGUAAACAGAUGUACUAAAACCGAUCUUUGUGAUCGGUUAUUUUUUAUUACUGUUAGUUUGGUUGGCAUAAAUCAUGUAUUUAUUGUGCAAAAUCUGUGACUUUUUUUUAUAUUUAGGAAUGGAAAUAAAAUGUUUCCACCGUUUUCCUGUAUAAAUUAAAUCUACCAAAGUUAACUGCUUGGUACUUAUUUAUAGAUUACAACAAAUUAAAAAAAAACUGUCCAUGUUUAUAAAAUUGAGGAGAGAGCAGUCAUCCUCUUUCUUAGCUCAAAAAAAAAUAUAACACCAAAAACUUUGAUACUAUUUCUGUUGUUUUCUACGUUCACUUCAAAAUGAAUUCCUUGUUCUCAACUACGCAAUGGAAUAUUUUUUUAGACGUUAAUAAUCGGUGGAAGAUUAGAUAAAAUCCUUGAACAAUGACACUAAGGCCAUCUUGAAGUUGCUUUUAAACCGGAUGAAUUUACAAAGAACUGUGAUUCUAUAAUUUAGAAGAAUUUCCUCUAAGAUAUGUACUAAAAUGUACUUUUCAAAUAUUUACCCCAAAUCAUCUGGGAUCGCACACAGUACAGGAAUCCUCUUCAUGAAGGGCUCCCUCUUGAGUUUGUAUUCCAGAAAGGAUUAAUAUUUAAAUUAGGGUGAAAGGCUGUGUAUUGAGAGAGUUGCGACUGCUUGCGAUUUAAAGCCAUUUUGUGUCCAAAAUAAUGCACUGGUGUAUACAUACAGGGUGCAAGACGAGACUGCACUUUCGGUUGUGCUACAUUUGGACCAGAAAUGGCAUCCAGUAAACCACAUGACCUAAGAAAACUGGUCCUCCCUGUCGCAACUCUCUUGCUGUGCUUCUUGUACAUGAAGGGCUCCCUCUUGAGUUUGUUGGGCUAUUGUUCUUUAUCUUAAGGAUGGAUUUGUACUUCCUAACCAGGGCCCAAUUUCAUAGAACUGCUUAAGCACGAACAAUAGCUAAGCACAACCCAAAUUAUGCUUACCAGACACUCUGUGAAAAUGGAGAUGGCAUUGGUGGGCAAGAUAAAGUCGGGUCCCUUUAUGGUACUGUAGGAAAGGCACCAUGUUUGUUUCAUUGACGGUAUUAUACGGGAUUGGUGGAGCUGACAAAAUAGUUCAUGAACUAUAACAAACAUGUGAACAUUUGGGAUUUAUCUGUUAUGCAAGUCUAGGAGAAAAUGGUGAAGAAACAUGUUGGUGGUAACAACCAAAAUUAGCUCUUGUGUAUAUUUAAGGUUUUUAGAUACCAUUGUCCUGAAUAUGACUUCAUUUUAGAGGGGGAUAUUUCACAGAAAAAAAUUGUUCCGAUUAUGAACUUCUGAAUCAGUAAGCUUUCUGACUAAAUUUAAACAGGUCUUUCGCUCCUUACCAGUCUUGUAUAAUACCUACAUUGUCAUCCCAGGGAUAUAUUAUUACAUAUAAAUUAUUGUGGGUAUUCCGCUAACAGAGGUCCAUGAUUAAAAUCAAAAUCACUGAAAUCAACUUUAAGAAACUUUCUGUACUGUAGAGGACCAAAAUGAAGAAGCAACCUUUUAGUGAAGUCACGUAUCUCAUGUAUGGUUUCCGUAGUAAACUAUGUUAGUCAACAACACCACAGUAUUGUAAACAAUUCUCAAGUAAAUAAAUGGACACACAGAUGGUAUUAACAUAA